AUGGCAGUGGUUGAAGAUUCCAUUUUCCAAAUGAUUGCAGACCAAACCAACAUUUCUGCUACUCAGCAGUUAGAAAAUCAUUCUAAUAUUUCUGCCUCGUCACGACUUCACCAAUGGGACCCUACAAGUUCUGCGGAAAUAAAACGUUUCUUUGGACUAAUUGCUUAUAUGGGAUUGGUGAAAAUGCCAUAUAUCAAAGAUUAUUGGAGCAGAGAUCCCAUUUUCAAAACCGAGUUUGCAUCCAUUGUGAUGCCUCGGAAUCGGUUUGAAAUACUGCUACGUAUGAUUCAUUUUGCCAACAAUGAUGAAUGCAGAGAAGGGGAUCGACUACAUAAAAUUCAAGGCCUAGUCGAUAAGCUUGUGCAGAAUUUUGAGGCUCUUUAUCAUCCUGGGGAAUCAGUGUGUGUUGACGAGUCGUUAAUUCCUUUUCGGGGCAGGCUGAUUAUGCGUCAGUACAUGAAACAAAAGCGCCAUAAAUAUGGUAUCAAAUUGUUCAAGCUUUGUACAGGACAUGGAUAUACUUUACGUCUGAAAAUAUAUGCUGGGAAAAAUCUUGAAGUACGAAAAACAACACCAACUAGCGUGGUUAUGGAACUAUGUGAAUCUGUUUUGAAUGUUGGCCGUACGGUUUACACAGAUAACUGGUACACUAGCAUCGAUCUUGCUAACAAGCUUCUCGAUAAAAAAACUCAUUUAGUGGGAACAUUGAGGAGAAAUAAAAAAAUGUGCCGAAAGAAGUAA